UAAAACGCCACAGAAGAAGUGGAGUAGACUGCAGAAGAAGAGUUUGGCUCACGCUGUCUGGAGGUGUGCUGGUGCCGUGGUUCUGUUUUGGCUGGCUAGGCUUUGCUAGGUUCGGUUGUUGAUCAUGGCUGCUUCAAAGCCAGUCGAGCCCCAGUCCGGGACCGGACUCCCCCGCUGGCAGCUGGCCCUGUUGGUCGGGACUCCCAUCGUACUCGGAGUGGGCGCAGUUUAUCUCUGGAAUCGCAGCAGGGCGAAGGAGAGGAAGCGGACAGGGGAGCGAAAAACCCCAGAAGGCAGUGCCAGUCCCGUGCAGGGCCAAGACGGCGAGGCCCGGACCAACCGAGACCAGGAGAACAUGAGCCCUUUGGAUCGAGCCCAAGCAGCCAAGAAUAAGGGGAACAAGUACUUCAAAGCUACCAAGUAUGAGAAUGCCAUCCAGUGCUACACAGAGGCCAUUGCUCUGUGCCCCAAAGAGCAGAAGGCUGAUCUGUCGACGUUUUACCAAAACAGAGCAGCAGCGUACGAACAGCAGAUGAAAUGGACUGAAGUGGUACAGGACUGCACUCAGGCCGUGGAGCUGAACCCGCGUUACAUCAAGGCUCUGUUCAGACGGGCCAAAGCUCUGGAAAAGCUCGAUAACAAGAAGGAGUGCCUGGAAGACGUAACAGCAGUGUGCAUCCUGGAGGCCUUCCAGAACCAGCAGAGCAUGCUGUUGGCAGACAAGGUGCUGAAACAGCUGGGAAAGGAGAAGGCUAAAGAGAAAUACAAGAACCGCGAGCCGAUGAUGCCCUCCCCUCAGUUCAUAAAGUCGUACUUCAGCUCGUUCACUGAUGACAUCAUCUCACAGCCUCUGCAGAAGGGCGAGAAGAAGGAUGAGGACAAGGACAACGAAGGGGAAGCAGCUCAAGUCACUGAAAGUUCUGCUUACCUGAAGGCUAAACAGUACAUGGAGGAGGAAAACUAUGACAAAAUCAUCAGCGAGUGCACCAAGGAGAUCGAGUCAGGAGGUCGAUACACAGCAGAGGCGCUGCUGCUGCGAGCUACUUUCUACCUGCUGAUCGGGAAUGCCACUGCUGCCCAACCGGACUUGGACCGCGUCAUCAACCUGCCAGAUGCCAACGUGAAGCUGCGAGCAAAUGCUCUGAUCAAGCGUGGGAGCAUGUACAUGCAGCAGCAGCAGCCGGUGCUCUCCACUCAAGACUUCAACACAGCAGCUGAGAUCGACAAGCGCAACCCUGACGUUUAUCACCACAGGGGCCAGUUGAAGAUCCUUUUGGAUCAGGUGGAUGAUGCUGUGGCAGAUUUUGACGAGUGCAUCCUCCUCAGACCUGACUCUGCUCUGGCUCAAGCACAGAAGUGCUUUGCCCUUUACAGACAAGCGUAUACUGGAAACAACCCAACACGUGUACAGACGGCCAUGGAUGGAUUUGAGGAUGUUAUCCGAAGAUUUCCAAAAUGUGCUGAAGGUUACGCUCUUUAUGCUCAGGCUUUGACUGACCAGCAGCAGUUUGGAAAAGCCGAUGAGAUGUAUGACAAGUGUAUUGAACUGGAACCAGACAACGCAACAACAUACGUCCACAAAGGUUUGUUGCAGCUUCAAUGGAAACAAGACCUCGACUUGGGUCUGGACCUCAUCAGCAAAGCAAUAGAGAUCGAUAACAAAUGUGACUUUGCCUACGAGACCAUGGGAACCAUUGAAGUUCAAAGGGGCAAUCUGGACAAGGCAAUAGAAAUGUUCAACAAAGCAAUCAACCUAGCCAAGUCGGAGAUGGAGAUGGCCCAUUUGUACUCCCUCUGUGAUGCAGCAUACGCCCAGACAGAAGUCGCUCGCAAGUACGGCCUGAAACCUCCCACAUUGUAACUUAACGGUCGGCGUUGUGGAACCUGCUGUUUGGAAAGUACGACUAUCCGACAUUUUGUUUUUGUUUAGAAGGAGAAACAUAUUUGAAUAUAUUCAAAUAAACACCUAAAUCUAAAGAAAAUACUGUGAGAACUUCACAUAGUUUCACUGGACCGUUUGUUCAGGUUUAUGGUUUUUCAGUUUCUUUCAUUUUGUAACAUACGGUAAUGUCUUCUGAAUGCAAGUUAAAAAAUUGCUGUCAAACUUGUCAUGUCUGUAUUUACAGUUCUGGAAUGGAUUUCUUGAUUGCGGGCCUGUUCAGAUGUACUUUUAUUUUUUAUUGUUUUCUGUUGAACACUAGCUAAUGUUUGAAACCUUAAAUCCUUUUGAGUUUGAGAAAUAAAGUACGUUUUAAUGGUCAGGCGUUGACACAUUUGAUGAUCUGGUUGUUUUUGUUUUGUUCCUCGUCCCCCAACUCAUUUGUUUUAGACUUAUAAUUGAGGUUUAUAUUUUGGUGUAAACUCUUUUUUGUUUGUUUGUUUUGUUGGAGUUUUUGAUAAAGUGGUUGAAGUCUUUACCCUCCUGUUAAAGUAAAAUUUCCAAACGCCGGCCUUAUCGUUUACAGCCUCCAUGCAGCUCCGGCAGGCUCUUGUAAAAUGUGUGAUGUGGUUCUUUAAUAGCAUCUAAACUGUUGUAUUUUAUUUUUUUUAUUAUUAUUAAAGAUGUAGCUGUUCUGCUGAGCUUUGGAGUUCUCUCAUAUUUUCUGUAAAUGUUCCCCUCAGCAGUAAUGGUUGAACAGUUUUAGAAGAACCGUAUCAUGCAUUCUUUCCGCGGCCGCUGCUGCUAAGGACGAGCGCUAAAGUAAUUCUCAAACUCAAAAGGUGAUUUUCAAAAUCAUCAACUGACUUACAUUUCUGGCUGUUUGUUAAAAUAAUGCCCUUCAAUGGUGUGAAUGGUGACCAAACAAAUUAAGAAUCCUAAUAAAGUUAUAAUUCUUGGAAUGAAGUUCAGCUCAACAAAUGUA